AUGGCGGCCACCAAAGACCAGCCGCCGCGCUCGCUGGACGACAUGCUCCGGGAGAGCCGCGAGAAGCGCAAAGCCCAGGACCUGGCCCAGGAGAUCUUCGGCCGGCGCUCCAAGACGCCCGCGACCAGAGGCGCAAAACCUGCCCAACCAGCCAGUCUGGCCAGCCGAGUCGGCGUCACCAAGCGAACCUCUUCCCUCUCACGCUCCAACACUGCACCCACGCGAAACGCCCGCAACCCGCCCAGUUUCAAUCGCCCAUCCAACGACAACCACCGCGCCAGCAAACCCUCCGCAUUCACGCAAAUCUCGUCCGACCCCGUAAGCGAUGCUAGAAGCAAUGGCUAUGGAGGAUACGACGCACCGGCGGCGAAUGGAGGUGGACCUGGUGUGAGCAUUAGAGGCGCAGCUGCUGGCCCGCAUGUGGUCAUAGCCUCCAACUUUGCUCCAGGCACAACUGCAGCAGACAUUGAGAGCGUCAUGUUGGACGUGGGUGGACAGAUGACAGAAUGCCGUCUGGUGGCAACAACCCCGACCGUCAUGGCGGAGAUGACCUUUGUGGAGAAGUCGGGGGCAGAGACGGUGAUCAACACUUUCAACAACAAGAAGGCGGAUGGUCGCACGCUUCACGUUUACUGGAAGGCCACAGGCACCGGACCACGAGGCCAGCAACAACCACCACCACAAGCCGAUGUUAUCGACGACAGCAUGGAAGUCGACCAGAACGCAGAGUCACGCGAGGCAGAGAACCGCCUGCGCGAGGAGCGUCGUGGCAGAUCUGACCGUGACCCAAGAGAAAGCUUCCCAACCGGACCAAAGAACGACCGCCCGUACGAGGACGACUACUAUCGAGGUCCACGACGCGCAGAGCCAGCAUACCAGGAUGGACGGUACGGUUUCGAGGGUAAUCGGUAUGGCCGCGGCAGAUACCGAGAUGAGGGGCGCAUGUACUCUGAUCGAAUGGGACGUGGUGGUGGUGGACAGAGCUGGCGGCCAUAG